CCCGUUUCACAUGGAUAAGGUACCGAAUGUACUGACAGCAGAAACCAUGGAGCCUACGGGCGCAAAAUUAUUCUCAUGGAAGCGACUGAGUUAUUUCCUCUCGGUGCUCGUUGUGGCGCAAUGCUUUCUUCUCUAUAACAGCAUUGCCAGGAGCGAUUCCUCGGCUGAGAAGUGGGACACCUCAGCUCCGGUUCAGACGACACAAGCCGAAAGCAACACAGCCCUAUCACCUGCGACAUUGCCGCAUUUCGAGUGGAAGGAUGAGAAGAGUCCAGCUGAGCAACACUUCGAUGAUGGAUAUCGAGAUGCGUUGUCGGUGGAGCAAUGCGACAUCGCGUUCCCCGAUCUCUACUACGAGAUUGACCGCGCGACAAAAUAUUUCCGCGACCUUAAACACAAAAUCACCCCAGAGGACACUUGGGACAAUCCGAUGGGGUCUAUCCGAUUUCUGAUACACCGCAAUGAGCUCCGCAUCAUCAACUCAACGAAAGCCUACAUGCAGAUGGGCGGAGCAGAGCGUGCCCACGCUCUGACAAACAUGCUGCAUCGCGCUGUCGAAAGUGCAACCGCAGGCGGCGAAAUGCUACCGACUGUGGAGUUUACUGUCAGUCUGCCGGACUUCCUCGACCUCCCAACAGACUCGGACACAACUACGACAUGGGCCUGGACUCGCGUGAAAAAGGAGAACGCCGACGAGAACCGACGAAAAUUUGGCGAGCGCCUGUUCCUCAUGCCCAAUUUCGACAUGUACUCACUCGGGGACCGCAAAGUGGGGGCAUACCAUGACGCGCGAUUUCGCGCUUCACAAUAUGAUUCGCCUCUCGAAGAUAAGAUUCCGCAGGCGGUCUGGCGCGGCUCAAGAUGGGUGAAUCCGGAGAUUCGUGAUGCAUUACUGAAUAUCACGCGCAAUGCGACAUGGGCUGCGGUUGAACAGAUCGAUUGGAUGUCUCUCACCCAUGAACAUCAACUCACUGUUGAUCAGUUCUGCGCUUACCGAUAUGCCAUCCACACCGAAGGUAUCUCGUACUCUGGCCGCUUGAGCUUCCUCUUGAAUUGCGAUAGCCUGCCCAUUGUCCACGAUCUCGUAUGGACGACACAUUACUACCACCUUCUCGUCCCCAGCGGUCCAAAGCAGAAUUAUAUUCCGGCGAAACGAGACUGGAGCGACUUGGAAGAGAAGGUCCAAUACUACAUCGACCACCCGGACGAAGCAGACUUGAUCCGAAAGAACUCCAUAAACACCUUCCGAGGGAAAUACCUCACCCGCGCCGCAACGAGUUGCUACUUCCGAAAACUCAUCCGCGAAUACGCAAAGAUCAGUUUCACACCCGAAGUACACGAUAAAUGGCCCGUGAGAGAAGGAGACGGGAGUGGUGCAGAGGAGAAGGCUGUCGCGCAGAAAUUGAAAGAGGAACAGGACGCGAAAGCCAAAGCUAAUGCUGAUGCGAUGAAAGCUGCUUUGGCUGCGGCUGCAGGAAACACUGUUACCAUGGUUGGAGCACCCGCUGGUCCGAACACCGAUCACGAGGAAUCACUUCCAGUGAUGAACAUCGAUCCGAAAAUCAUCAAUGAUGGUGUUAAUCAUCGGAUGCGUAGGGUACCAAGAAGCGAGUUUGUACGACGAGAGGAGCACAAGAGAGACGGCAUUACAUCUGCUGCUAAGCCAAAGAGAAAAGAAAUUCUGGUGAGGAGAGGUCUGAGUUAUGAGGAAUUAAUGUAUGGACCAAGAGAUUUUGAGCAUGUGAGCGAGUUUUAUGUGGAGGAUGUCAUUUUUACGGAUUGGCAGGAGCGGAAGAAGUUGAAAGAGGAGGAGAAAAAGAAGGGAGGCAAGGCAGAGGAUUGAGACAGACGUGGCAUUGAAGAGCCUUUGCAUAGGGGUCCUUGUUAUGAGUAAUGUGUUUACGGCCUUGUGUGGGAAUACAAAGAGGUCACAAGCGCUUAUGGCAUUGGGAUGUGCGCACGAUUAUAUUGCUGAAGAUACCCGCGCCGUGGUGCUUUGCACGUUAGACAUACUUGAAAUCACGAGAGGUCUCAGUGCGAAGCACAAGUAGAUUUACAUAUGAACAUGUAAAGAGAUGCG